AUGGGCCUCACAAAUUUGAUGGGGCAUAAGCCCAGUUCUUCUAAGCUAACGGGAACCAUAAGCCCAACUAAAUUAGAUCCAUGGAUUGGGAACUCGAUUUCCAUCGAGCCCACGCAGUCAGUGUAUGCGACAGUCACAGACACUCAGACAGGGCAGCCGCCUCCGUCGCCGCCAUCCUCUUUCCACUGCCAUCGCCGUGAAAUCUCCCAAAACCCUCGCAAGCCGGUGUUUCCAAUGCACACUGGAACCUCGCUGUCCCGCUUAACCAGUUCGGCCAGGAAGUUCCUCCUCCCCCUGGUUGCCGUGGGCACUGCCACCACCGCCGCCGCCGCGUUCCACUCCUCGAGAUUCACAGUUCCUCCAGGCCAUCGAGCCGUGAUUUUGGACAGAUUGCACGGAGUGAGCGGAACCUCUAUCGGCGAAGGAACUCACUACACAGUUCCCUGGAUCCGGAAGCCCUAUAUCUUCGAUAUCCGCGACAAACCUCAUACAUUCUCCUGUCUCGCCCACACCAAGGAUCUCCAGCCCGUCAAUCUCUCCCUUGCCAUUUCUCUCCGUCCAGAGUUGUCGAAAUUGCCGGAGACCUUCAACCAUUUGGGGCUUGACUACGACGAGAAAUCCCUCCCUGCGAUCUGCAGCGAGGUACAAACCAUAGUCGCCAAUUACGACGUCGAUCAGCUUCUCCUCAAGGAGAAUAAUAGCGGCGUGUUGGACGAUAUUCAUGGCUCUCUUGUCGAGCGAGCAAAGCGAUUCAAUGUGCUAGUAGUUGAUGUCUCGAUUUUAGAUGUUUCUUGUGGCGAACAAGUGGCUCAGGCUGUUGAGCAGAAGCAAGUGGCGAGGGUCGAAGCUGAGACGUCCAAGAACCUCGUGGUGAAGGCUGAACACGACAAGGAGGCUGCGGUUAGGAGAGCCGAAGAGGAAUUAGAGGCUGCCAAGCAGUUCGCCGAGUUACCAGAGGAUGUUCAUGAACAGCUACUAGCACAAUCGAGGGCUGAGGCGCAGAGGGAAGUUGAUAAGGUUCUUGCCAUGUUCGAGGAUGCCGCCAACAGUUCGAGAUCAUCGGUGGUGGACGCAUCUAAUCCAAGCAGCUGA